GGAGUCCCAAUAAUCUAAGGCAAUCUGUAAGGACCUGACCUUAGUCCAUCCAGAUCAAUAGGGAAGUGAGGGAGGAAGGCGGCAAUCGGAUCGUUUACACUGGCUGUUUCUGAGGAAAUAUAGACUUCCCUUACACUUUGUUGUACUCACUGUAAAGUGGAUAUCGCAGUACGCACCGAGAGGGCGAUUCUCUGCUUUUUGUGAUUGCGGUAGACUUUUUUCUACGAACCAUGUCUUUCCCGCAGCUGGGAUAUCAGUACAUCCGACCGAUAUACCCACCGGAGCGCCAGGGGAUCAGCAGUGCCAGAGCCGGGACAGAGCUGAGUCCGUCUGGGGCACUCUCCAACGUUCUUUCAACUAUGUAUGGAUCACCUUUCGCCGCAGCGCAAGGCUAUGGAGCGUUUCUUCCGUAUUCAAACGACAUUUCCAUUUUUAAUCAAUUGGGAGCCCAGUAUGAGCUAAAAGACAGCCCAGGCGUUCAACACCCAGGAUUUGCUCACCACCACCCUGCGUUCUACCCCUAUGGGCAGUACCAGUUCGGUGAUCCAUCCAGACCCAAAAAUGCGACACGGGAGAGCACAAGCACACUGAAGGCCUGGCUAAGCGAGCAUCGCAAGAACCCCUACCCCACCAAGGGGGAGAAAAUCAUGCUGGCCAUCAUCACCAAAAUGACCCUCACCCAAGUGUCCACCUGGUUCGCCAACGCCAGGAGGAGACUAAAGAAGGAGAACAAGAUGACCUGGACUCCCCGGAGUCGCACUGACGAAGAGGGAAAUGUUUACAACAGUGACCAUGAGGGAGACGAGGGGGACAAGAGGGAGGACGAGGAAGAAAUCGAUUUAGAGAACAUUGACACGGAAAAUAUUGAAAAUAAGGACGACUUGGAUGACCAGGACGACCUACAUGCUGAUUUAAAAUUAGAUGGUAGAAGCGACUCCGAGAUUUCAGACGGCUAUGAGGAUUUACAAGGGCCCGACCAGAGGUUUCUAAAGGCUGUGGUGAAAGAGGGCAAAGAUAUUCACGUGGACCGAGGCGAGCACUUCCACCAUCACACUUUUGAGAUUAAAGCGUCACAGCCGAACGGUGAACAACUGAAACUGAACCCAGUGUCCAUUAACUCUCCACCGUCAGAAAAUAAUGCUGCUCCAGCUCAAAAACCAAAGAUUUGGUCUUUGGCCGAGACAGCAACAACCCCUGACAAUCCACGCAAAUCUCCACAAAUGAACGGCAACUCGGCUGGGCCGGCGACCCAGACGAUCAUCACCCCUCACAGACUCAUCUCUUGUCCUGUUGGGAAAAUUCAGAACUGGACAAACCGAGCUUUUUCAGCCCACCAGCUCGCGUUACUUAACUCUAACCAUUACCUUGGACUGGCAAACCAGGCUUCGGCGAACGGCCUCGCCCUCUAUAGCAGGCAAACGGAGGACAAAAGUCAUAGUUCAGACACAGCCGUUACAGAGAGAUCUAGUGCCUUGGAAGCAGAGAAAAAGUUGUUAAAAACAGCCUUCCAUCCAGUUCAAAGACGGCCCCAGAACCAACUCGAGGCAGCGAUGGUUUUAUCCGCUCUCUCCUCCUCCUAGGCUUUCAUCCUUUCUUUCUAUUUGAUUUUAAUAUGUUGUAAGGAAUGUAAAAUAAGAAUAAUACAUCUGUAUACUUACCUUGUAAGCAUGUCCUGUGUAAAACUGCUAAUGUAAUAUUGUAUGAACCUGUAGUCUGUACGUUUUUGUUUUCUUUUUGUAAGUUCUGUGAGGAUUUGAUGUUCAAAUGUUUUGUAUAUAAAGUUAAGAAAAUGUACAUACUUGUGAACCAAAUUGUACAAGAAAGUAUAUAUUUUGGCUAAUAAAUGAACUGCUGCAACUUUAUCAAAACUCUU